GUUUUUCAAGGUAAUCUGAAGGUAUCGAUAAAUGCUGUACCCUUACAAAUCAGUCGCAUUGAACAGUUUUGGUAUUUAGAGUGUGAAAGAACUGUGAAGUGUUAAGAACAGCGUUAAAACCAGUAAUAACAAAAUGUUAAAAUAUUUGCUUUUUAUGGUCGUUGCUUGCCACCAGAGCAACCAGCAAGAAACUGCUUUGGAAGGUGUAAUCAAACUAAUAAUCCAAAACUUCAACCAAGUGGAGAGAAUUGAACCACCUGACAUACCCAAGGAAAACAUGUUACCAAGCUACGACUUCAUAGUCGUGGGUGCAGGAACUGCAGGAUGUGUCGUUGCUAAUAGGUUGACAGAGAAUCCCAAUUGGAACGUUCUUCUCAUUGAAGCUGGAGGAGCUGAAAGUUUUUUAUUUGACAUGCCCAUAUUGGCGAAUUAUUUGCAAUUUAUUGAAACGAACUGGAACUACAAAGCUGAACCCAGCGGAAGAUUUUGUAUGGGCAUGGACAAUGGUAGAUGCAACAUGCCUAGAGGAAGAGUGAUGGGUGGUUCUUCAGUGCUCAAUUACAUGAUAUAUACUCGUGGAAACAAAAAAGAUUUUGACCGAUGGAGUAAGGCGGGCAACACUGGAUGGUCUUAUGAUGAAGUUUUACCAUACUUCAAGAAAAUUGAAAACUUUACUAUACCUGAAUAUCAGAAUUCAUAUCACGGCAAUGACGGUUACGUUCAGGUUGGAUAUGCCCCAUAUAAAACCCAAAUUGCUGAUUCAAUCAUUAAAGCAAGUAAACAAAGUGGUUUUAAUUAUGUGGAUUACAACGGCAAGGAUCAAGUUGGUGUGUCCAGGCUUCAAGUAAAUAUGAGAGAUGGUUUCCGUGAAAGUGCCAGUAGAUCCUAUUUGCACCCAAUCAGAAAUAGAAAAAACCUUCAUGUUAAAAAACUUGCGAUGGUUUCAAAAAUUUUAAUUGAUCCUCUAACAAAGCAAACCUAUGGUGUUGAGUUUGUCAAAAACAAUCGAACUUAUACUGUAAAAGCCACCAAAGAAGUGAUUCUAUCUGGAGGUGCUAUAAACUCCCCUCAUCUUCUUAUGUUGUCCGGUAUUGGGCCUAAGAAACAUUUAAAUAAACUAAAUAUACCUGUUUUAAGUAACUUAAAAGUAGGAUACAACCUUAUGGAUCACAUUGCUUUGGGUGGACUAACUUUCCUUGUAAACAAAAACGUACAAUCUUUAAAAACCGAAAAAAUUAUAACGUCCGAAAAUAUAAAACAGUACGCCCAUAAACACACCGGACCAUUUACUAUACCCGGAGGAUGUGAAGUUCUUGUAUUUCAGGAUUUGGAACAUCCAUUUCAAAAAGAUGGCUAUCCAGAUAUAGAGUUAUUAUUCCAAGGGGGAUCAAUCGUGUCCGACAGUAUCUUAAGAAAGGAUUUUGGCAUAAAGGAUGAAAUAUUUAAUAAAGUGUAUAAACCCAUCGAAAACGAGGAAUCUUUUAUGGUAUUUCCUAUGUUGAUGAGGCCAAAAAGUAGAGGUAGAAUUAUGUUGAGAAGCAAAGACUACAAAGAAAAGCCUUACAUUUACCCCAAUUAUUUUUCCGAUAAUUACGAUAUGGACACAAUAAUUAAAGGAGUCAGACUUAUUUUUAAUAUAACAUCACAACCUGCCUUGAAAAAGAUUGGAACCAGAUUACACACGAUCCCAAUACCAGAGUGUUCAAAGUUAGAGUUUGGAAGUAAUUUGUAUUUUGAAUGUAUGGCCAGAUAUUUGACAUUUACGAUUUACCAUCAAAGUGGAACCUGCAAGAUGGGCCCAUCCAGUGACAAAAUAGCUGUUGUAGAUCCAAGAUUAAAGGUGCAUGACAUCAGAGGAUUAAGAGUUAUUGGGGCUUCUGUUAUUCCAGAAAUACCUGCAGCCCAUAUAAAUGCAGUCACUUUUAUGAUCGGGGAAAAAGGAUCGGAUAUGAUCAAGGAAGACUGGGGCUAUAAAGUUUAGUAAACUUAAUGUUAUUGGCUGAAGAUUAACAAAACUUGUAUAUAAUUUAAAAUUGUUAUUUUAGUGUUAUUAUUUAUUUGAGUUUAUAAUUUUAAUGUAGCAUAAUGCUGCACUUGUUAUCCUUUGUUAUCCUUUUUUAUAAAAAGUUAAUAUUCCCAUUGAUAUAGAAAAUCAACCGCUUCUUUGCUCUGCCUGUCAUCUAUUGGAUUAUGACAAAAUGUUUAAAAAAUAUCAUUAAUUUCUGUGAAUUUCUGUUAUAACGCAACUUAUUUUAAAGUUUACUUUUAUUUUUUUUUAUUAAAAUAUAUCUAGUCCUAUUUAAAGUACUCAUUAUUAUGUAGAGUUUAUC